AUGUCUGCGCCGUAUUGGGGUGCAUUGCCCCAGCCCAAGGGCAUCCAGAGCCGACGAGUCUCGGCAGAUUACACCAAUGAAUUCGCGCAAAAUGACCAGCGACGCUCGCUCGACGUUCAGCCGCAACGUAAAGCGAACCGUACCUCAAUCCAGACAACUUACACCGAGGCUCCCACCGAGACAACGUUUAGCCCCAACUCCCCAACGUCGGCAGCUGAAUACCAAGGCCUGGCUCCCAGGCCGGCGUCGUAUCGUGGGUUUGGAUUUCCUCAGGAGCAAACAUAUGAAGGAUAUGAGAGGCAAGAUCGACGGUCAAAUCGCAUCCCAGACGAAUACGAAGCCAUCUCUCCAGCUCCUUCUGCCACAGAUACAAUAAUUCGACAGCCGCCUCCAAACGCAAACUAUGGCGAUCCUUACACAGACGGGCCGUAUCAACAGCCCUCACAAUCAACAUCUGCCCAACUUGUGAGACAGCCUGCGACUCAGGCUGAGAACAUAAGCCACAAUGAAUAUACCACACCCCAGCGAGACAGUCAAUUUGGCGCACCGCAGCCAUUUGUUGAUAACGGACUUGCCCGCACAGAUACCAUGGCAUCGAAUCAGAUUCAAAGAAGCGCGACGAUGGGACAGACCGAACGGCGCAAAAAGUUGGCAGAUCAUCGAUCACCCCUCCAGAGGCUUGAGCUGACGCUCGACAGCAUGACCAAAGAGGAAAAGAGGGCACGAGUAGAAGCUGCGGAACAACGAGCUAGAGCGAGAGCUGCGAAGAGAGCUGCCACUGAAGCUGCCGAAAACCGUUCUCAAACUGUCGACUACCAGUCUUCGCCCUCAGCUCCUGGCCAACGCCAACACCAGCCUCCAGCAGCAAUUGAGUCAACUACCCCGGUAGCCCAAAGAAUAACGCCCCAGCGAGAUGUUAUCUCCCCAAAAGACUCGAGCGCGCAACCGGUAUCCCCCCCACGACGAAUGGCUGAAGAUCAAUACUACCGCCAGAAUCAGGAUGCCGCCCGUCAGCCCAGACAACUACCGCAGCCACCAGUGCGCGAGGAGCGUCAGCCAAGACAAUUACCUCAACCACCUGUACGUGAAGAUCACCAACCAAGGCAACUUCCCCAACCACCCAUACGCGAUGAUCAACGCCGAUACUUCAGCCAAGAGGCUUCCCAGCAGCCUCGGGCUAGUAUGGAUCAGAGGCAAUUUGUUCCAGAAGCCGAUGUUCCUAAACGCAAUCUCAGCUUCCGUGAACGCGACAUCUGGCGCGAAGCGAAGCCUCUGGACGCCGAAGUGAACAAGCCCACCAAGGAAUCCAGCGGCUUUUCCUUGACGCGCAGUGGAAGUAACAAAUUAAGAAAGGAGCCCCCUGCAGACGUUUGGCACCGGAUACGCGUUGAGGCCGAACGACGAUUACCACCGGUAUCGCAGCCUGCCCAGGCUCAAUACAAGGACCCGACCCCGUCUCCCAAGGCCGCAGCAGGAGCAGCACCACAACAAGGACGCAACAGAGAGCCGGCCCCAUUGCCUCUUGCGGUAAACGACGAAACGCAUGCCCGGCCGGAAGUCAAGAGGGCUUCCCAGUCUGCUACCGAAGCAGAUAUUCAGGCUAUGCAGCGGCGAGCUACCGAGCCCAUCUAUGCUCGGGAAGAGAGAGGGCUUAAUGCUGAAUAUGCCCCUGCGGCUGCCAUUGGCAGGAUCAUUUACGAGGCGAGUCAAAAAGCCCGAGGACGCUUUCCACAGUCGAACCCGGCAGCAAAGAGCUUGGAAGAUCAGACGAACCAUGAUCUAAUAGAGGAUACACAGGAGCCCCAGGAACCGCAGGAACUGGUAUUCAAGAACCCAGAGGAGAUGCACCCUGGUGAUGGUCUAUACAACUCCCCCCAGUGGCUGGAUGAAUGGAAGAAGGGCACCGUUGGUACUCUUUCCGGGACUCUUCUCGACCUUAGUGGUAAUAUUCCAGCUGGGUUAGCAGAGAAGAACAACGCUUGGCUGGACAGGGAGUCAGGAGGCUAUCACAGAAGAAACAGCAGCAUGCCGACGAGGCCGCGCAAGGCCGAAGCAUUUGAUGGUGAGUAUGACAACACGAAUGGCGCACCCACUCGGUUCAAACCUCCGUUGUACCUAAAAUGUGGCCCGCUUCUGAGAUACUGCGGCCUGCGUCAUGAGCAAGUUCUGCCAAGGCCUCGGGGUUCAAAUGCGCCCAUUCAGGACCGUGAGAUUUGGAGAGGAAGUGUCAUGAUUUUCACCAAUGACGCAGAGUCAUCCUAUGAAAUUGCGCCGACGCUCCGGCUUUUCGUGCAGGAUGUCGAACUGUUGCCUCCACCUCCACACCAGGUCAACGGCGAACUGUCGCCAGAGUACGUGGAUCCCAUCGCUGGGCAUCCCAAGCUGGGUCGUCGUGGUGAGACGCUCUAUGUUCGGCCCGUGGACCACCUUGAAGAGGGCAGAGAUUUGUCGCAUAUCGAGUCUGAGGAUGGCUUGUUUGAGAAGACAAGGAGUCCGCCUGAUGAGCCUUUGCCGCAAGGGCUCAACGACUAUCCUGGCUCAUUUGCUAGCCGCCGAGGACGGGUGGACAUUGAUGGGGAGAAGAUGCAAAAGUACAAGGACGUAAGAGGCUUCCGUCUUCAUGCCGAACAAGGCUGCACGUUCUGGCGGUUCAACGUUGAGGUUGAGCUUCGAGAACAGCAACAGCGGAUCGCAUAUCGCAUUAACCGUGGUCCAGCCAUGGCCUUCUGGGUUCCUGCACGCGGGCAAACAAUGAACAUGAUGUUUUAUACCUGCAAUGGCUUCAGUCUCACCGUCAACUCAAACGAGAUGAGCGGACCUGAUCCCAUGUGGCGCGAUGUAUUGAACUCACACCAGACACAGCCAUUCCAUGUCAUGAUUGGCGGGGGAGAUCAGAUUUACAACGACUGCGUAGCGUACGAUAGUCCGCUCUUUGACGAGUGGCUGCAAAUUAACGUUGCCGAGAAGAAGCUAAACGCAGCUUUCACACCCGAGUUGCAGGCUGAGCUAGAGUCUUUCUACUUGGAGCGAUACUGCAUGUGGUUCUCACAAGGCUUGUUCGGACUGGCCACCUCGCAAAUCCCCAUGGUCAACAUGUAUGAUGAUCAUGACAUAUUCGACGGAUACGGCUCCUAUUCCCACCCAGAUAUGAGCUCACCAGUAUUUUCUGGGCUGGGGCGCGUGGGUUUCAAAUACUACAUGCUCUUCCAACAUCAAAGCAUCGUUACGGAGACAGAAACCUCUGAACCAAGCUGGAUCUUGGGUGAGCAACCAGGCCCAUACAUUCAAGAGGUCAGCCGCAGUCUCUAUAUGUCGAUGGGUGGAAAAGUUGCUUUGCUCGCCGUUGACGCCCGCACGGAGAGAACGGAAGACACCGUCUUGGAUGAGAAAACAUGGGAGAAGAUUACUAGCAGGAUGUAUGCAGAGAUCAGACGCGGACAGGUGGAGCACCUACUCGUGCUCUUGGGUGUUCCCAUUGCCUAUCCCCGUCUGGUCUGGCUGGAGAAUAUAUUGACCUCGAGGUUGAUGAGUCCAGUCAAAGCGCUUGGUAGGACGGGAGUUCUUGGCAAACAUAUGAACAAUAUUGACGGUGGCUAUGAGAUUUUGGACGAUCUCAAUGAUCACUGGACAGCCAAGAAUCAUAAAAAAGAACGCACGAUAAUUAUCGAGGAUUUGCAAGAUUUGGCUAUCGACCGAUCUGUGCGAAUUACCAUCUUGAGCGGCGAUGUCCACCUUGGUGCCAUUGGCCAGUUCUAUUCCAACCCCAAGCUAGGUCUACCGAAGCAUAAGGACCCUAGGUACAUGCCUAACAUUAUAUCUUCCGCCAUCGUCAAUCGCCCGCCCCCGGACAUUGUUGCCGACAUGCUCAACAAGCGCAACAAGGUUCAUCACUUUGACAAACAGACCGACGAAUCCAUGAUUCCGAUUUUCCAAAACGGCGUUGAUGGCAAGCCGAGGAACAACAAGAAUCUUCUCCCUCAUCGCAACUGGUGCUCUAUUCGCAUGUGGACCCCAGGCAGCACUCCGCCGCCGACGCCACCAAUGUCUGACCGAGGAAGAAGCCGAAGCCCAGGAGGAGGCGGAAGUUUGCUCCGAAGACUUUCAUCUAGGCGGCGUAAGUCUACUUCACAGGAGCCCUUUGACGUUUCACGAGAAUCUGUGCGGGGGCCUCGACCUCCUAUUUCCGGAGGAGGUGGUCUUUUCAAGAACUUUUCUCGGCGAAACUCGGUGGAUCAACAACGCCCCGGAGGAGGAGUGACUCGAACAAUGUCACUUGGCCGCGGAGAAGCGGCACAGCAAAGGGCUGACAUGACAUAUAAUCAUGGACAGUAUGGCAGCCAAGGUCGAUUUGAUGAAAGCAACAUGAGCGGUCAAUGGAGCGGCGAGUUUGAUGGCGGAUACAUAGACCACCGAGCUCAGGGGCAGCCGCGUCCUUCGGGCCUCCGUGGGGGUGGGGGUAGCGACUACGAUGAGUUCUCGGCGGGUGAUGAAGCCCAAUUCACGGCACAAACGCCCCGACGGGCGCAGACCAUCAACUACCAUGCCGGCCCGGCUGGUGGCCACGAAGUGGAUGACCCAUCAGUGCCGCGCCCUUUCCAUCGGACACCUACUGGACUAUCAACAAAAGAAUUGAAACAAGCCGAGAGGCACGAGGUUAACCUGGAAGGUGGCCUGGACAUCUCUCUGAACAUGGAGGUGAACCCCAAGGAUCCCACAGGUAUCACUCUGCCAUACCGAAUCUUGGUGCCCAAGUUGUUUUAUGAAUACUCGUCCAAGGACGAUCUGUUCCAAGCAGCAGAGCCAACUGGCAUCAAGAAAUUCCUCAGCUUUAGAAAGAAGCCCAAGGCCCCUUCUGCGGAGGCAGAGGUAGAGCCAACGGAAGAGAUGGGAUAUGAAGACAAUGAAAUGUAUGACGAUAGAUACUAG